AUUUACGUUAUAAUUUUUCUUUUCUGUUUAUUAAUCAUCUUCUUAAUCUCUUUCAAGCACAAAUGCAAGAUUAAAUACAAAAUUAAAAUCAUUAUUGCCUUGCUUGGCUUGGCUAAUUUCACCUCAUCAUGGGGAAGAGCCAGAACGGUGAAAACUUGGGAACCGAAACUGUAUCGGACGGUGGGGAUGAGCAGAACAAUCCCGAUGAGUUAUCAUCGGAACCCGGUUUUAAAUUUGAUCAAAUUCUGAAAGAUGUUGAUCAAUUCAUCGAAACGUUAGAUUCCGGUGAGAAUAAUUUUACCUGUAUUGACCAGUUCUUGGAGAUGGUUGAUUCCGAGAUUGCAGCCUAUGAACUAAGGAAAGCCUCAGCUAAAUUCGGCCUAAACAUGGAGGAAUUUUUCGAAGCCGUAAAACUCCUUUGGACGAUCAUUCGUAGGCUCGAAGAAUUGCCAUCAGAUUCCGGUGCGACUUCGUGUUUAAACCGAGCAGGCUCCGAACACCAUCGUGCCAUGUUGUUAUUGGAAAACGAGUUCCGUACGCUUCUCGAUAUAAAUACGGAUCGAAACGAAGGAGAAACGAAGUUGAAAACGGUGGAAGAGUUCCCGUAUUUUUCGCCCGAAUCAGUAUCUAUCAUGAACCGAAUUGGUAGCACAAUGAUAUUUGCAGGGUACGAGGCAGAGUGUUGCAUUGCUUAUAGUGGUCUUAGGCUUAAAGCACUGGAUGCCGAGUUGAGCAAGCUAUCGUUUGAGAAUAUCAAUGUCGACGAUGCCGAAAGGAUGAGUUGGGAAUCACUGGAAGUCGAGAUCGGUAAUUGGCUUCACAUUAUGAAACAUUGCACCAACAAUCUCUUCUCCGAAGAACGCACACUUUGCAAUUCGGUGUUUUCCGAGCAUCCUUCGAUCGCCCAGAGAUUGUUCUGUGAACUCUCGACAUCCUUGACCAUGAGGCUUCUCAAUUUUCCGAAUGCCCUGGUGUUGCCUAGACAAUACUCAACGGAGAAACUAUUUAAGUUCUUAGACAUAUACGAGGCAUUGCGUGAUUUGAAUAACAUGGAGAUUGGCAAUUACUUGUCCGCCAAGGAAUUCAUGUCCGAUACAUUUACGGUACAAUGUAGGAUCGGCGAAACAGCGGUGAGCAUUUUCUCUCAGCUUGAGAAUUCGAUCGAGAGUGACAAUGCAGGCAGAAUCCCGGUCGCGGGUGGUGCUGUUCACCCCUUGACUCGCUAUACAAUGAACUAUCUAAAGUAUGCUUGUGAGUAUAAGGACACACUAGAGCAAGUAUUUCAAAAGCACAAUGAAAUGGAGGGAUUGACCGUCCAGAAAGUACAGGAGAACUACAUUGAAAAGGACGAUAGGUUCCUGCCGGCAUCCCCUUUUGCAUUAAAGUUGGUGGAGGUCAUGGAUUUGUUAGAUGCCAACAUCGAGAUGAAAUCAAAGCUCUAUCGGAGCCCGUCAUUGCGUUACAUCUUCUUAAUGAACAAUGGGAGAUACAUUUUGCAGAAGCUCAAGGAGUCGACCGACAUCUACGACAUGCUCGGUCAUUCUUGGUCACGGAAACGAACAUCGGAGUUGAGGCAGUACCAUAAAUUGUACCAAAGAGACACAUGGAGCAACGUGCUGCAGACCAUAAGUCAUGAGGGUGUACAAGUUAAUGGGAAAGUGUCAAAACCUAUACUGAAAGAAAGGUUCAAGAACUUCAACGCCUUGUUCGAAGAAAUCCUCAAGACACAGAGCACAUGGGUGGUAAGCGACGGACAACUUAAAUCGGAGCUAAGAGUAUCGAUAUCGUCGGUGAUGAUUCCAGCAUACAGGUCAUUUGUAGGGAGAUUCCAGUCAUACUUUGAUAAUAGUAAACAAGCAGGGAAAUACAUAAAGUAUCAACCAGAAGAUAUUGAGGAGUUGAUUGAACAACUUUUCGAGGGAAAUACGACAUCAAUGAUUAGGAGAUCAUAAUUAAGUAAUCGAAUUGGAAACCGUAUUCGAAGAUGAUGAAGAAGAAACGGAUGCCUGCUCU